CUUCGUUUUAAUAAAUACAGUCAUUUUCUGUUCAACCAUGGCUUUUGCUGAAGCUCUCUUUGUUUGUUUAGACGGGAACGCGCCUGCGUGCCCACGCCUUUUAUUACAGGUGCCUUCGAUGACCUCAUCCCCCAGGAGGACGGACAGACUUCAGUCACGCCAAACGGAUACUAUGAGCAAUUCAACAACGAUAGGAGCCGAAAUGGAGGAAUUUUUUGAAACGGUGGGUGAGAUAAGAAACCUCAUUGAAAAAAUUUCCAGCCAAACAGAGGACAUGGAAAAAAUACACUGCUGCAUCCUUUCCUCUUCGCACAAAGGAAGUAAAGAUGAACUGGAGCUGAUAAACAACGAGACCAGGAACAACGCCAAGUUGGUCCAAACCAAAUUAAAAUUAAUGCAGAAGAACUGUUCAUCAGAAGACAACAAAACUAAUAACUCUGUAAUUUGUCGAAUUCGGAGGAAUCAGCACUCACACCUGACUCGUUGGUUUUCUGAAGUCAUGAAGAGUUACCAUAAGAUACAGAUUUCCUUCAGAGAGAAAUGCAAGGCCCAAAUUCAGAGACACCUCGAGAUUGUGGAUAAAGUCACAACAGAUGACGAGCUGGAGGAUAUGCUGCAACGUGAUAAUCUUGCCAUUUUCGUAUCUAAUAUCCACUUUGAUGCCCAAUUUUCAAGUCGUGCUCUCUCUGAGAUUGAAGGACGUCAUCAGGACAUCAUCAGCCUGGAGUGCAGCAUUAAAGAGCUACAUGAGAUAUUUACAGACACAGCCAUUCUGUUGGAAAUGCAGGGAGAGUUAAUCAACAAUAUAGAAAAGAAUGUCACCAGUGCUGGAGGCGAUGUACGUGCAUCAAAAGAAGAAACACAAAAAGCACUUGAAUACAAGAAGAAUCGUUAUAAGGUUGUAUCUCUCCCAAGCUUCUUCAAGUCCUUUAGGAGACAAACCAAUACUAAAGCUGCUGAUGAAAGUUCUUCUGAAGACUGCAUCAAGUAUUCCUGACACACAUCAGAGCCUUGGAGAAUUAUUUUUAUGUAUUGUUUGCAGUUCUUCAUUCAGUUACUCACUUAGCCACUAGGUGGCAAUGCAACAACAUUGAAAUAUCAGGCUGUACCUCGUCUAAAGUUUCUUCUUUUGUUUAGUUUUUUUUUUUGUCAAAGAAGUUUUCAAAAUAUAUUAAGCAAAAAAUAAUGUCAAGCCAUAUGGAUACUGAAAAAAGAUCGAGUGUUUAUAAUUUGAUGUAUUUAUAAUUGCAAUAAAGUUUUAAAAUUGAUUUAGAAAAGGUAACCUGAGUGUCCAAACUGUUGACUUGUAAAAUUAUGUUUUGUGCAUACUACUUGUUCAUAAUGAAUGCUGUGAAAUAGAAGUUUUUAAACUUUGUGUUCUGCCUCUUCAAAAUUUGUGGUCUCCUGCUGUGAUUAAUUAACAAACAGUUUAAAUAAAAUGUAUAAAAAUAGCUUUAGUAGUUGCAGUCAACUUGUAAAUUAGAAAUGUACUGAUCAGAGUCUUACUGGCUUAUGUCUCGUUUUGCCUUUUUGUGGGUCUGAUCUGGUGACUGUAAAAUCUUCUGUUUUUAAAUUAACAAUGACAUGUAAAUAAACUGCUUUAAAGUAUAAGGAACGAAGGCUGGCAUAAUCAACAAAACGGGUAAAAAAGAAAAAGUUUCUCAAUAAAAUAAUGAUGAUGGCAGAAAAUAGAACAUAAGUAAUUAUGUUAAAUAUUUUUGAUCUAUAAAAAGUCUGAUGCAAAUUUAUAUUUUGGUAUCUAAUUUGGUACUAAUAACUGAUUUAUUCGCUUUACCUACGUAAUAUGCCUAUUAGGUUUAUUAUGUCCAAAUUCCUUUUAUAUUUAUGUUCAUGUUAUUUAUACGUAUUGCUGCUUCAGUUUGUUUUGUUUUUUUCAUUUUUUAAUGCACAAAUUGGAUAGGUAAUGUUCACUUAUGGUGUAUUUAAUAAACUGGGAAAAACAUCAGA